AGAACCAACUUCUGGCAUUAAAUUAAUCAAUGUAAAUCCAUCGAAAUACCUCGAGUAAGCAGACAUCGUACAUUGUAUCAUCAUGAGGAUUAUGCUCAUGCGUAACAAAGUGUCAUAAUGUGUUUGUUUGAUCUAUCAUUUCUGGGUGUCUUAGAAACCCCGAUAUUGAGUGAAUUCAUCGUUCAUCAUUUCCUGACAUUAAAUAUCCUGUGUUCAAUUAGUUGAGUAAGAAAAAAUCCCCACAAUCGUUGCAAUUAUGGGAAUAAUGGGGGAGUCUGUCGGUUUUGUUCUUUUCGUCUACUGAAUAAGAAGUUGAAAUGUGUCAAAACAGGUUGAAACGAUUGGAGUUCGAGAGGAUAUACAAUGAGAGAUUGAAAAGAGGUAUUUCAAAGCCGAUAUUAUCCAGUGCAGUUUCAAUGAGUGAUGAUCAGUCACACAGUGCGUUGCAAAGCCCCAGAUCCAGUGAAACCCGGCUUUCCAGAUCAUUCGACAUGUACACAAAAAAAAUGGGCGACAGUUUCCCAAUUAACGACGAAAAAUAUCCGGAAUUGACGAUUCAAAUGUUCUUUGAGUUUAUGAGAACCGCUUAUCAAGUGAACGAUAGCUUUGACGAAUUGUCAUCGAUUUUAUCAUCAAAUUCAGAGUUGAAUUGGACCGAACUGGCGAAAAUUGAUUUAAAUAUUCGGUCACCGAAUGAGAAAAAUGUGGGAACUGAGGACUUGGUCCUGGGGAAUUGCCAGAAGUCUCAAGACACCAACGAAAUAAUCCCCAAUAGUUCUCAAACCCAGGAACCGGGGGAUACCAAUGAAAAGAGUAAAUCAAUUGAGAGCUCCACCCAUAGCAUAAAGUCCCCAGAGAGUCUGGCAUCAACUAAGAAGAAUAAAACUCACAAACCCGAGCUUACGACUGAGAACAAAGAGCACCCCCUAGGGAAGUUGAUGAAGAAGAGCCUGAGUGAUGUUUUGCACGAGGGUUUGCUCGACUCCGUGCUGCCUUACAUGCUGCCAAAGCCAACAGUGUCUCAACCGAUCAUUAAAAAGCCAGUAAUAAACGAAGCCAAGAGAACGGCUUCACUAACUGCGAAUAUUGAGAAGUCCAUGGCCUCUUCGACACAUAAGGAUAAGGAGAAAGACAGGAAUAAAGUUCACAGGAAGUCUCUUGAAACUGAAGUCGAAAUUCAUGUCUGCGACGAAGCGAAAAACGUGAAAAAGGACUUUCGAUGCCCCCAGAAGCUAUUGAUCCAGAAAAUGUGUUACUUCGCUGACGUAACUGCAGGACAGAAACUGGAGGAGAUGGACAUCUCGGUUCACUGUGACAUUGUCAUCUUCGAUUGGCUGAUGAGAUGGGUCAAGAAGGAUAUCAUUAAAAAAUCAGAGUGGCCGAUACUCGAGGCCAGCAAUGUCAUACCAAUCACAGUGUCAGCCUCAUUUCUCCAAAUGGAGCCUCUCCUGGAGCAGUGCCUUGUUUUUUGUCACGAGAAUAUGUCAGAAGUGUUGAGAACAUCGACGAUCCUUACAUGCCUGAAUGACAACAUUUUCUCUAGAUUAGCUGAUCUAUUCACAAACAUGGACGUAGAAAUAUUGAAGGAUAAGAAAGACAAAGUUCAGAGCAGACUCUUCUGCAAGUUGAUUACCUCCCUGGUAGAUCCAAUCCCCGAUACCCGAAGGGGUCAUUACAGUUCGUUAUCGACUCUUUUCAAAUGUGGAAAAUGUGGGAAAAGUGUUAUUCGUUCUAUUUCUGAUUACGUCCCAUGUCUUCCGAGCUGUAUGAAGAUCGACAACAAAGGUGAUCUGCACAGCAAGCACACAAGGGAUUUUAAUUGGACGCUGAACGACUACAUCGUGAGUCUCCGCGCAGAAUUGAGGACCUGGAGGAAAGUCUACUGGAGGCUCUGGGGAGACUGUCAUUUUUUAAACUGCCAACAAUGUAACACAUAUUUCCCGAUCAACCAGAUGGACUGGUGCAGCUAUCACCCGGAGAAUCCUCAGUUCUUCGCGAAUGAACAGCAGAGGGCUUCUUCAUUCCCUCUGGGACGAUAUCCCUGUUGCAGUCAGAGGGCCUAUCGAUUCGAAGCGCUGCCAAACAGGGAUGGUUGCCGAUUCAGGGAACACAUACCUUCAAUUUCAGUGGACAACGACGGCCACGUAUUGAACAUCUUUGCGAUGUACAGAGACGUGAUAUCUCAGGAUCCACCGCAAAGAUUUUUCCCAGAGAAGAUCACGCGUCUAGUAACGAGAGAUCCUUCACUUCCUUCGGGAAAACUCCUGUGCAAGGAACCCAUGUGGUGGGACGGGAUAGAGCUGGCGCCUUCCAGGCCCAAACUGGGCCUUCUGGGGAAAAUCUGGGGGGGACCUGGGGUUAGGAAGCCGUGUCAGAUGGAGGGACAGAAGCACAGGAAGUCUAGACAAUCCUCCCAGGUUGAAACCUCGUCAGUCGCUUCUUCGGGAAGUGAAAGCGAUGAGGGUGAGACUGGUACUGCCUGGGGAGAUAGCAGUCUUGAGGAGGACUCCGGUAACAGUGAUGAAUCGAGUGCCUGCCCUAUGUACAAGUCGUUGAGGAGAAGCAAACGGAAAUACCAUUCGAUAAAGAGGAAUGACGGGGGAAGAUGCUGGAGUAUGAAUCUGAUUGUUCGAUACAAUCAGGACAAUCAGAGAGACUUUGAAGAAAGAGCUGCUGCUCAAAUGGUGCAACUUCUAACAAAACGAACAUCACCAGAGGCAACGGUAAUGCAUAAGCCGCAUAAACAUCAUACAUGGCACAACCAGCCACUAGGUGGUACAUAUGCAAAGUUGGAGGCAGAAUUUCGAGAGCAAUCGACUCAAGCAUACAAAAAUAAAAAUUCAUCUAAUAGCAAAGGACCCGGACGCUCUCGCUCCUCAAAAGCUUAAGAUAAAUCUAAUCAUCCAACUGAAUAAAAUUAUUAAUUAUCAUAAAUAUAUUGGAAGUCAGUGGUCGAUCAAUCAGUCUAUUAUUCAUUAACUGGUCACGAAGUUGGAAUAAAAA